AUGAAGGAGAAGGACGAGGACUGAAGUUAUCAUUUGAACAAAAUGUUAAGAUAAUAAGAUGAACUAGGUUUAUUUUCUAUUUUUUUGACAGACCCCGGCCGCCCGGCCGCCCGGCCGCCCUUCUAUCUCCCUUUCUUUCUGUUUGAAUCGCGCCAUUGAUGAGGGAGCCCGAGGCUUGGGGAGCUUAUUUUCUUCUUCACAGUUCUCUAUCAACGGUCCUUAUCUUUGGGAAAAAGAAAACAGUUAAGCUAAUGACAUUUGAUUCUUCAAUUGUGCCUGUUCUUCUAUUCAACCUGGCCGUGUAGCUCACUCCUUUCCGAAAGAUCAUUUUGAAUUGGUUUCGCACUCCAGUUGGAAAGAAGAUGCCCGAGAUGCAGUUAGGAUCUCACACAUUAAGAUCUCAUGGAGUCAAAGUGGCUAAACUACUGCACAAGUAUGACUGGUUAAUUCUUCUGCUUCUCGCGGCGGUUGAUGUAACUUUGAAUCUUAUAGAGCCUUUUCAUCGUUUCGUUGGCAAAGAAAUGAUGACUGAUCUCAAAUACCCUUUUCAGAAAGACACCAUUCCCUUCUGGGCCGUUCCAAUUUACGCAGUACUCUUGCCUGUCGCCAUCUUUCUCGUGUACUACAUUUGCAGAAAGGAUGUUUAUGAUUUGCACCAUGCCAUAUUGGGUCUUUUCUAUUCUGUUCUCAUAACUCUUGUAAUAACGGAUGCAAUCAAGGAUGCUGUUGGCCGCCCGCGUCCAAACUUCUUCUGGCGGUGUUUCCCUAAUGGAAUAGGUAUAUAUGAUCCUGCCACUAACAAUUGUGUCUGCACUGGAGAGAAGAAGAUUAUAAAGGAAGGACAUAAAAGCUUUCCUAGUGGACAUACUUCAGUUUCAUUUGCAGGUCUUGGUUUUCUUGCAUGGUAUUUGUCCGGGAAGAUCAAAGUGUUUGAUCGUAGAGGCCAUUCUGCAAAGCUCUGUAUUGUUAUUCUUCCGUUACUCUGUGCUGCUCUGGUGGGAAUCUCUCAUGUGGAUGACUACUGGCAUCAUUGGCAGGAUGUCUUUGCAGGAGGUCUUAUAGGAAUUGUCAUAGCUUCGAUUUUUUACUUGCAGUCCUUCCCUCUCCCAAACCAGCGGGAUGUUUCUUAUUUUUUAAUUUGCAGGGUAGGCACCUCAUGCGUAUUUCCACAUGCUGGCUGCAGAGAGGAAUGUUGGCGAGUCCGUGUCUCCGGCCACGAGGGUCAACUCUCUUCGGAUGCGAAGAACAGAUAUCGAGAGUCUAGACUUCAGUCCCCAAGAUUCGAGUCCGCUAGUCCACUAAUUACUGGAAGAAGGGAGAAGAUACUGAGUUGAGUUUGUAUGUUAAAUAGAAAUCAUAUAGAAGGUCUGUAUAUAUAUAUAAAAUACGCGACGCGGGACUUCAUUCAACGACUCCAUAUUGUAUGUGUAGCUCCUAGCAUCAUUCUUUAUUCAAUGAAAAUUUUAC